CAUACACAUAACUUCAGCUCAUCCAGCAGCGAUCACAACCAGCACAGCAGAGUCCUGCAUACACUGAGCAGAUGAGCCUAGAGCAGCAGCCCCUGAUCAUGUGACUCCUCCUCCUCCAUGUGACUGAUCACAUGACGGUGACAUCAUCGCAGGUCCUGUAGUGUUGUCUCCUGGGCAGUAUUCAGAUGAGGUAUGUAUUUUCUGAUCAUAUACGUUGACGCAGCAUCAACUGCAUCAUACAAUAAUUAGAUGACAUCGUUUAUAGACUGAUGACCUCACUCGUAACCCGGCAACAGAUAAACAACAAAAUAUCACACAUGGUUUCUCCAAUCCAGGAUCCUCUGCUGAUAUCUUCUAUAUAAGAGAAUUCUCCUGGAUGACCCAUCAACCAUGGAGAGAGACAGGAACAAGAUGGCCGACAGGAUCAUAAACCUCACCCUACAGAUACUCUUCCGGCUUACUGGAGAGGAUUACACAGUAGUGAAGAAGUCCUCUAGUGGGCGCUGUCGGGCCCCUGUGUGUGAAGGAUGGGGAAGAACCCUGAGCCCAAUCCCGGGGCCCCCACCUCACUCCCUGAUACACGAGGAAAUGGAUGAACAGAAGAUCCUAGAACUGAUCAACAAGAUAAUGGAGCUGCUGACUGGAGAGGUUCCUAUAAGGUGUCAGGACGUGGCGGUCUAUUUCUCCAUGGAGGAGUGGGAGUAUGUAGAAGGACACAAGGAUCAGUACAGGGAUCAGGUCAUGAUGGAGGAUCAGCAGCCCCUCACAUCACCAGAUUACUGUACCAGGAGAUCAGAGGAGAAUCUUAUAUCUUCAGAUUAUAAAGCAGAUGAUGAUAUCACACAAGAUACAUAUGAAGAACAUUCCAUUAUCCCAGAUACACCCUCAGCCCUUCACAGCCAAGAUCUGUCAUCUCAUCCUUAUAUACAGGUCCUGUCUUCUCAUUCAUCACAGUUUAAGCAAAAUAAGGAGAAACCAUUUUCAUGUGCAGAAUGUGGAAAAUGUUAUACUGUGAAAUCAAGUCUUGUUACACAUCAAAUGAGUCACACAGGAGAGAAGCCAUUUUCAUGUUCACUCUGCAGGAAAGGUUUUACUCAGAAAUCAGAUCUUGUUAAACAUCAAAGAACUCACACAGGAGAGAAGCCAUUUUCUUGUGCAGAAUGUGGGAAAUGUUUUACCGAGAAAUCGAAUCUUGUUAAACAUCAGAGGAUUCACACAGGGGAGAAACUCUUUUCAUGCUCAGAAUGUGGGAAAUGUUUCACUCAGAAAAUAGAUCUUGUUCAACAUCAAAGAAUUCACACAGGGGAGAAGCCGUUUUCAUGUUCAGAAUGUGGGAAAUGCUUUACCCGGAAAUCAUAUCUUACUGAACAUGAAAGAACCCACACAGGGGAGAAGCUUUAUGCAUGUUCAGAAUGUGGGAAAUGUUUUACUCAGAAAUCAAAUCUUGUAAAACAUCAAAAAACUCACACAGGGGAGAAGCCAUUUUCAUGCAUAGAAUGUGGGAAAUGUUUUAUCCAUAAGUCACAGCUUGUUAAACAUCAAAAAAGUCACACAGGGGAGAAGCCGUUUUCAUGUUCAGAAUGUGGGAAAUGUUAUACUCAGAAAUCAAAACUUAUCAAUCAUCUGAGAAUUCACAUCAUAGAGAAGCCAAUUUAAAAUAUAGCGGAUAACACCUCAUCCUCCUGAAGGCCUAGCUCCUGAUCCUCCUCCAUUACUGCAUGUUGGGGACCAAGAUCUGCUGUUCUUUUUCUUCUUCCAUCUUUUGUUCCACCAUUGUGAGCAUUUGCUCUAAUAAAGUAUUAUG